AUGAAGGUGGUGGUAAAAACCUUUGGAGCCGCCUUCUCUGUGGCCGUCAUACCCGUAUUGAGGGACAACUACACGUACGUUAUUCACGACCAGGCCACAAACGCGGUGGCGGCGGUGGACGUCUCCGCCGACACCGCUCCCGUUUUGGACUACGUGCAGCGUCUCAGCAAGAGCACUAAGAAGGGCGACGCUGGGGAGGUGAGAUUCAGCACAAUCCUCAGCACCCACAGACACGUGGAUCACACAGGCGGCAAUAUCGCGCUUCUGAAGAAGCUGGGCUCUAGCGGCACCUUCAACAUCAUUGGGGGUGUGAAUGACAACAUUCCAGGCGUCACGCAGACGGUGCGUGAGGGUGACCGCGUUUCACUCGGUGCGCUGCAGGUGGAGGUGCUCGACGUGCCGUGCCACACGCGGGGCCACGUGCUGUACAAAGUCUACCACCCAAAGUCUGUGGGCGACGGGGUUGCACUCUUCACCGGCGACACUUUAUUUGUUGGCGGCAUUGGGGCCUUCUUUGAGGGCGACGCAGCGCUCAUGUGCCGGGCAAUGCGGAAGGUGUACGACCUGCACCAGGGCGCCAGCGACAGGGAGGCGGCGGAGCACCGCAUUUUUGUGUUCCCUGGGCACGAGUACACCGUCAAUUUUCUCGAGUUUACGCGCGCCGCGAUCCCACCCACCCAUCCCGACGCCGCCUUUAUCGCGUCGCAGCUGGAGCGCUACAAGGAGAGCGUGGCACAAUGCACGCCGACUGUUCCCAGUUCCCUCGCUGAGGAGAAGCGGCAGAACCUCUUCCUGCGCACCUGUGACACGUCAUUUGUGCGGGAAAUGAGGCACGGCGACACCGCGGAGGCGCUGAUGCAGUACCUGUACGACACCUGCCCCUGA